AUGGAUACAGCGAUAGACCUGUCAGAUGCCUCAAAGGCGUUGGAUCUGGCUAAUAUUCGUUUUCAACUAAUCCGACUCGAGGAUACUAUCACCUUUCACCUGAUCGAACGGGUCCAGUUUCCCCUCAAUGCUACCAUUUACGACGCCGGUGCCCUUCCCAUACCUUCCAGCAACCUUGCGUUACCUGCGCAAAUAUCUCUUUGCGACUAUCUCCUCUCCGAAACGGAGCGUUUGCACUCUCUUGUCCGACGAUAUGACGCUCCGGACGAAUAUCCUUUCUUUCCCCGAGUCCUGCAGCGACCCGUGCUCAAGGCCAUAGCGUACCCCAAGAUCCUCCACGAUAACGAUGUUAAUGUUAAUGACACCAUCAAGGAGAAGUAUAUCAAGGAGGUUCUCCCAGAAGCUUGCCGAAAAUUCGGGCGAGAAGAUCGUGGUGAGGCCAAGGAAAAUUACGGUAGUGCCGCAACUUGUGAUGUUGCUUGUUUGCAGGCCUUGAGUAGGCGGAUACACUUCGGUAAAUUCGUGGCUGAGAGCAAAUUCCAAGCUGAGACUGAGCGAUUCGUGAAGCUCAUUAAAGCCGAGGAUCGCGAGGGGAUCGAUGCCGCCAUCACUAAUGAAAAGGUUGAGCAGCAAGUCCUGCAGAGGCUGCGGUUGAAAGCCAAAACCUAUGGCAAAGACCCCUCGGUGACCUCCAACGGCGUCGGCGGAGAGGAGAAGAUUAAUGUCGAGGCGGUGGUGAAGAUGUACGCUCAGGUUGUCAUUCCUUUGACCAAGGUCGUCGAGGUGGAAUAUCUCAUGCAGAGGCUCAAAGGGACACAGUGGGAAUAA